CUGUUUUCACAUCGGGAUUCUGCUCCAAUAACCAGGUUUCUCAGCUGUGAAGGGGAGAAGUUUGUUCCCCGUCGACUCCAGGGCCCGAUUAGUCUCGUCCUCUCGUAGUAACACCUUCCUUUUUUUUCCCCGUUUUCAUCAGCCCGACUCCUGCGUGCCGCUCACAGCUGAAAGAGUUAAGAAGAUUUGCCGGCUCUGCGGCAGCCAACCAGGCUUCUGGUGGCCAGAGGCAGGCGGCUCACUUGCUCGGGAUUAAGUGGGAUCGGGAGAGAUUACAUCCCUCUCUUUCUCUUUCCGUCUCUUCCUGUCGCCCGAUGAGCGCCCUCGGUUCUCUCCGCGGAAUAUUCCCCCGUCGUAUUCACGUUUCCCUGCUUUCGCAUCGGAGCUGAAAAACCUGCAGGAGGACGCCGGCUUCGCGGCUGGAGGACGCGCCGAGGCUGCAGGCGUUUAGAGGUAAAAGGGCAGGAAGUAGAUAGUGUGUUUGUUUGUGGAGGCCUCAGGGUUCAACCUCUUCUCUAACUCCAACACCUUGAGAACGUUGGGACAUAAAAACGUUUAUUUCUCAGAUUCACGUCUGCACAUCUCUGUGUUUACUCCACGGUUACGAGCUCUUACGAGCCGCCGUCAAGUGUGCGACUAAAACCCUGACCCCGUUCACACGGAUGCAGCAGAGACUUCACCUGAUCCCACUGCUGAUGCACGGCUAGAUUACUGGGAAAACAUGAGCAUGAAGGCCUCAUCAUGUAGAGUUUAUAUGUAGAAUGUGCAAAGAUGUUUGAUUAAAUUGAACCUUCUGAGGUUUGUGCAGGUUUAACUGGAAGAGGAGUUUCGCAGGCAUCAUCCGUCACGUCCCGUCCUGGUAAUCGGUCAUCAGCAGGUGGUUGGGGUCAAAGGUCGGGGGGUCCAGCGACCAUGAGGCAGGCGGUGGAGGCUCAGGUGUUGAACCCGUACUGUGAGCUCGGAGAACACGGUCUGCGUCAGAUCCUCACCGAUGUGAUCGAGGAGGUGAGGAAGUCUGUGAGCCAGGACAUCGACGGAGCCGAGGUGCUCCACGGGCUCCUGAACGCCUCGUGGCUUCAGUCGCUGCUCAAGGUUUACGAGUGUCUUCAAAGGCACCAGAGAGACUCCCCGGCCCCGGCUCUGGACUACGCCUCCGGACUCUCUCUCCAGUUGCUGAUAGACAUCAGAGCGAUACCAGGCUGCUCUGAAGACGCCAGAGAGCUGUAUCGACUCCUACGGCAGCCGCACCUGCAGGCUCUGCUCUCAGCUCACGACACCGUGGCCCAGAAGGACUUUGAGCCGGAGCUGCCGCCGAUGCCAGAGGACGCGGCGGAGGACGAGGAGGCCACCAGGAUCGUGUGCCUGGUCAAGAACAAACAGCCUCUGGGGGCGACUAUAAAGAGGAACGAGAUCACGGGGGAGAUCUUCGUGGCUCGGGUGAUUCACGGAGGGCUGGCCGAUCGCAGCGGCCUGCUUCAUGCAGGGGACAGGAUCAUGGAGGUGAACGGGUUUCCUGUGGACGGCAUGGAGCCUGAGCAAGUCAUCCAAGUCGUGCAAGCUCGCUCUCAGGGAACCAUCAUGUUCAAAGUGGUGCCCAUCACAGAGAGGCCGGUCCACAACCAGACGAUGAUGUACGUGCGGGCCAUGACGGACUACAGCCCCCAGCAGGACCCCACCAUCCCCUGCGCCGACGCCGGCGUGAGCUUCAGAAAGGGCGACAUCCUGGAGAUCGUGGACCAGACGGACGCCCUCUGGUGGCAGGCGAAGAAACUGCCCAGCGAGGCGGCCUGUGCCGGCCUCAUCCCGUCCACCGCCCUCCUCAAACGGAAGCAGAGGGAGUUCUGGUGGUCUCAGCCCUACCAGCCUCACCCCUGCGUCCAGACCCUCAGCACCGUAGAAGAAGAGGAAGACAUGAUGGCGCUGGAUGAGAAGUGCGUGGAAGCAGACGAGGAGGCGUUUGAAUCUGAGGAGCUCAGAGACGAGGAGGAUGACUUCAGCAGUAACCUUGAAGGCCUGUAUUUAGCGGGCUUCAGGCGCAGCCUGCGUUUGUGCCGGCGCCGGUUUCACAGCACCCCCCAGGCCUCCGGACACGCCCGCUGCCCCAGCAGCUGCUCCGGCGGCCCCGGCCUCGGCCUCAUCGGGCCCUACGAGGAGGUGGUGCGCUACCAGCGCCACCCGCAGGACGCACACCGCCUCAUCGCCCUCACCGGUCCGUCUGGAGUCGGGGUGAAUGAACUCAGGAGGCGCUUGGUUGAGAUGAACCCGAACGUUUUCCAGGGACCUGUACCUCACACCACCAGAGCCCCCAGAGGAUACGAGGAGUCGGGCCGAGAGUAUUUCUUCACCAGCCGAGAAAUCUUCGACAACAUGGUUUAUAACAACAGGUUUUUGGAGUACGGCGAGUAUAAAGGGAACCUUUACGGCACCAGCAUCGAGUCCGUGAGGGAAGUUUUGAGCAGCGGGAAGAUCUGCGUCAUAGACAUCGAGCCAAACGCCAUCCAGGCAGUGAGGACCUACGAGCUGAAGGCCUACGUCAUCUACGUGAAGCCUCCGCCCGCGGAGCGCCUCAGAGAGACCCGACAGGACUCGCACAUCAUCACCAACUACUACAUCAACCGGCCGUUUAAAGAUGAAGACUUCCAGGAGAUGGAGGAAUCCGCCCGGAAGAUCGAGUCCCACUACCUUCAUUUCUUCGACCACGUGGUGGUGAAUGACGAGCUGCAGGACUCCUGCAUCCAGCUGCUGACUGCAGUGAGGAAGGCGCAGGACGAGCCGCAGUGGGUCCCUGCCAGCUGGAUACGACCCACCACUGAACCCUGAUGGAGGAGAGAAAACAAAAGAGUGCAUGUUUGAGAGGAGCAGGGCAUUAAACUAUCAAAAUAUCUACGUCGAUCAGGUCUACAAGUCGCUUCAGAUCACUGGAGAUGAGACGAAACUGUCAGUUUUUAGCUUUCGACUAGUAGUAAGACACAUCACUGUAGUAACUCUCCAACCAGGAACAUCUUUUUCUGCUGUACAUGCAGGUUUAAUUUGAACAAAACGGGUUAAUUGAUGUUUGCAUAUUAGAAUGUAUCUUUUUCUUUUUCUUUUUUAAACAAUCUUGACGGAUGUUUUGUUCUUUUUUUGUGUCUUUGCAUCAAAAGCGCAACCGAAGCAAUGGCAUCUUAAUGUUUGUACCAAUAUUUGUGAAAUUAAUAAAGUAAUUCUGAUUUAUA